CAGUGGUGGAAUUCGGUGACUACCGCCAACCAUCCGGGGGGCCCUUGACUUUCAUAAGAGCGUUUGGUUCGAUUUAUAAUUAUAAGCGGUUGGCUCAAUGUGUGUUAGUUGAAUAUGGUGAUGGAACCCAGGCCUAGAUUUUCAUAAGAAUGGUUUAUUCACUAUAUGAGGAGGUGACUGGGAAAAAGAAGGCAGACUGCGAAGGAAAAUGGUAGCAAUAAAAUAAUGACUCUUUUGUGCUUCUGUUUUCUGCAAGGCUGCACUGGCGCGGACGAAAGUGUCCGAUUCUUUCGUGACUCAGCGUUGGUAGGCUCCACUAAACGCUCUUCAGUUAAAGGAACAGUGAAACAGAUUUAAUCUUUGUACGCUUCUGUAAGUGAGUGUUAUAACCGAAAAAGUGCGCUGCGAAUGCUGCGCUUCCGCUGGUGAAGUUGCUCCCUGAACUGAGAGGCAAGAGGAAACGAGCAUGGACGGGGACAUAUUGCAAGACAUGGGCAUGCAAGAGGCCAAAACAAAGCUGUAUAACUUCUGCCGCGAUCUCAAUAGUACAAGCCAGUAUCACAUACAUGGAACGAACGAUGGGCGAAUGUCGAUGUCUUUGAUGAUAGUCAUGCUUGUUUUAGGCUUCGUUACAUUUUUCGUCAACCUUGGCGUUAUCAUUCGCACUAUCAAAAUCCUCCGCCACGGACACGACAAUAAGCCAGCGUUCUACUUUAUAGGAAAUCUGGCGCUGAGCGACCUGGCCAUCGGGCUCUACAUCGUCAUCGCUUUCCUCCUCCACUUGACCAACAAGUCGGAUCUUUGGCAGAGGAAGUCUUGCACCUUGCAGAUAGCUGUGGCAGUGACCGUGUGUCAGGAGACGAUCUUCACCAUCAUGCUGAUUGCAGUGGACAAGUACCUAUACAUCUGCCACGCCCUUAAAUACCACCAGAUCGUCACCAUGACGAGGGUGUACGUGGCCGUUCUUUUGUCCUGGGUUGCAUCUGUCAUUAUAGGAUCCCUUCCAGCAAUGGGAAUGCUCGUGGACUGGGAAGAGACGUGUGGGAGAUGCAUCUUCGCCCAGGUGGUCUCCAAAAACUUUGCCAUAGUUUUCUUCGUGACUGCUGUUGUUUUUCCAUAUGCUGUAGCUGUGAGUCUCUACAGUAUUCUGCUAUAUUUAGCAAUCAAGAUGCAGAAAGCUCGUUAUGGAGGCAGCUAUAAAAUCAAUGAAACAAGCAAGUCUUCAUAUUUCCGACUGUCUUUAAUGUCUAAAAAGUCAACGAAAUCCAGAACAUCUUCGGCUUCAAGUGUCAAAUCGACUUCUUCCAAGUCAACAGUCCUGACAUCAGACACCAAUGCAUCUGCCGUUUCUGCUGCUAAAGCACAAAGAAGAAGAAUAAGGAGACAAGCCAUGCAGGAGUACAAAGCCACACUGCCUGGCCUUAGCGAAAUGGACAACAGAGCCUCAUCAAAGCUUGUUAGUGUCAGAUCGGUAAUAGUCAAUGAAGGUAUCCUAUCACAAACACAAAACGAGUUAGCUGAAACUGAUGGGAAAAUGAUUUCUCAUUUAAAACGAAAUCGUCAUUCGAGCGAAGUUGGGCAAUUACCUUCUCUGGAGAACUUUCAGAGAAAUGAAGAGAAUGGUGGUCAUGCCGAAAGAAAUCUGCCAACAGAAAAUUUGCAGUGCAGAACAGAAACCGUUGAAGAAGAAAAAGAAGAAGAAGAACAUUCGAAAUGUAAUGCGAACUUAGAAUAUGCUGAGAAAACUGUAAAGCAAUACAGAGAGGACAAUUCCAUUUCCUCAGAAAAUGUCACUGCUCCAGACAUCAGCCAGGAAAACAGGCAUUGCAACUUUCCCUUUGCCGGUAAAGACCAACCUAUGUCUGGCGGCAGCUCAACAGAACACGGAAACAUAAAAAGCACAUUUAAGACUGCUUCAAAACAAUUGUCAGAUUCCAGCAAAUCGAGCAAAAGCUUGGCAUCCUUGCCUUCCAGUGAUCUGGAAGACGAGGAGGACAGUCAAGGCGCAGAGUCUCCUCGAUGGUCUCUCUUCGCGUACUUCAACCGCGUGGUAUCUGACACCAAAGACAAAGUGCUAUUUUUCAAGAAGUGCCAAGCUGUGAAGACUGUGUUCCUCAUCAUUGGGUCUUUCACAGUUACUUAUGUGCCUUUCGUUGUAGGAACCCUUAUUUACAGCCUCGAAAAUGAGAAGAGCAAAGCCCUGUUGCACGCUCUCCAAACUAUUCUAUUCAUCGCCAUUGUUGCAAAUUCCAUUGCAAAUCCUCUACUCUAUGCUUAUGGAUAUAGUGAGUUCAGAAUCAGAACAGAGAAGUUCAAGGGCGUUUUUGCAAGAAAACAAAAACCAAAACUAUAAGAUUUCAAUUUAUAUGGCAUACGAGAGUUUUUUUUUUUUUUCUUUCUUUUUAUUGUCAUUUCAUUUGUAUCGUUAGAGUACUUAUGAACAAUGCCUCCUGGAAAUAUGCAAAUGCGUCUGCUUCCUGUGACAGACAAACCUGUACUUAUUAAAGUUUGUUUGCUCUAAAAUUCCGUAACACUAAUUGAUAAGCAUAUUACAUUGUUCCUAUCUUAUGGGAUGAUGAACUCCACGCGAUAAAUUGACGUUAAGAUUCUUAAGAGGAAGCAUGUGUCAUGAAAUUGAUAAUGUUUAUCACGUAUUUAUUUGAACAAUUAAAUGACAUAUUUUAGUAUUUUACUCCAGAUUUAGAACUUAAACACUAACCUUUGACUUUCAGGCUUUGGUCAUCUCUCUCUCUCUCUCUCUCUCUCUCUCUCUCUCUCUCUCUCUCUCUCUCUCUCUCUCUCUCUCAAGUUGUCGUUAUCCUCCAGUAACACUCUGGUUGAGUACAAAUGAUUAAUAUCUGUCUUUAAGACAUUUUUCAUAAAAGAAUCAGUUCGAAAACUUCCUCAAAGCUAAACCAACUUCGCACUAAACAGCCUUUUACUUUCUACCUCAGUGUGAUAUCCACUCCAUUUCAUCAAGUCUCAUUUAUAAACAUAAUUAUUUUGAGUCGUUGAUGAUUCAAGAUACGCAAUUUCAAUCGGUAUGGCAGAUGUAAUGAUCAAAUAACUGAAUUUUUCAUGUUCGCUAUUUCCCUAUAGCAUUUACUAUUAUUAUUAACAUUUGUAUAUCUGGUGUGGGCUUCGACAGUGGCGAUUUUCUUUCCCCGAGAUGUGUGCAUGAAUGUGUUUUGAUCAUUUCAGUUGUAAUGUAUAAUAAAAUAAUGUCCAUUU